GCCUUUAGAAUAUUUGCCUUCAAGUUGUAGCUGUUGUUUUUCUGAUGAUGGAUCCAGCUGUGAUUAUCAUCUUACUUCUCUACAGAAUAGAUUCUACUCAAGCAGUGAGGAAUUCAGAGCCGCUGGUCAUCUCAGCUGAGCCCGGUGAAGCGGUCAAUCUCACCUGCACAUUUGUAGACGACUCAAAGAAAGAUGUUAGGAUGUGGUACAAACAAAGACUGGAGCAUGCGCCACUGGAAGUGGGAUCAAAGUUUGAAGACAAACCGGCUGUGAUUCCAGGUAAAUUUGACAAAUCGAGAUUUAAACUCAACAGAAUAGCGAGUGGCAUUUCUCUCAGUAUUGAACGCGUCACUAAAGAAGAUGAAGGAAUGUACUUCUGUGGAGAGACUGGAAAGAAAACGCUGGACUUCUCUACUGCUACAUUCUUAGCGGUCACAGGGCAGUCAGACAUCUCAGUGCUCCAAACUCCAGUACAGGGGUCAGUUUCUCCAGGAGAGUCGGUCACUCUGCAGUGCACGGUCCUCUCUGAGAUCAGAGCAGCAGAUCUCCGAGUGCUCUGGUUCAGAGCUGCUGCAGGACAAUCCUUUCCUGAAAUCAUUUACACUCAUCAGAACAGCAGCAGCCAUCAGUGUGAGAUCAGCUCUUCUACACACAGCUCUGUGUACAACUUCUCCAAGAACAUCCUCGACCACAACCAUACUGGAACUUACUACUGCGCUGUGGCGGCUUGUGGGAAGAUCAUUGUUGGGAAUGGAGCAUCAGUACAAUUGGCUCGUCCUAUAGAUCCCACUGUGUUCUAUCUGGGAGCAGCAUUGGGAAUUUGUGUGAUUGUAAUCUGCGCCCAAGCCAUUCAUAACUUCAGUGGGAGAGAUCAUGAUUCGGUCGUGGAGAACAAAGCGAGUCAGGACUCUGCAGCUGUGGAGCUGAGUUAUGCAGCCAAAAGCCUGAGAAUGAAGAGUGGACGCUCUGGACACAGUGUUUACUCUGAAGUCAGAUACUUCUCAGUUACUGACCUCAACAAUCACUGA